AUGAUAACAGCCAUAAACAGGGCACCUGCUGGUUAUAAGGCUCCUUCAUAUGAUAAAGCUCGAACCGUUUUGCUUGACGAGUGUGUGAGAGAUGUAGAAAAGGGGCUGACGUCAGUGAAGGAUACAUGGUAUACACAGGGGGUUUCUAUUGUGUCGGAUGGCUGGUCCAAUGUUAAACAUCGAUCAUUAAUCAAUGUUAUUGCUACCAACAGCCGUAGAGCCAUGUUUAUGUAUGCAAAGGACUUUUCUGGUGUAGAGAAGAGAGGAGCAACAAUUGCAAACUUUUUGCUUGAAGCCAUAGAAACCGUAGAACCAAGGAAUGUUCUACAAGUUGUUACCGACAAUGCAGCAAAUUGUAAGGCUGUUGGAAGGGAGGUAGAGAAGGUACAUAAACAAAUUUUCUGGUCUCCUUGCUGUGUCCAUACUUUGAAUUUAAUUUUUAAAGAUCUUGCAAUCGAUUGUUUUUGGUUAAUGGACACAUAUAGGAAAGGGAAAAUAGAUGUUAACUAUUUUCUUAAUCACACCCAUGCAUUGGCUAUUUUUAGAGAUAAUUCACAAUUGGAAUUGUUAAAAGUAGCCAAAACAAGAUUUGCAUCUCAUUAUAUUUUUUUGAAAAAGUUAUGGGAUUGUAGAGAGUCUCUUGCUACUACAAUUGUCCUUAGUUCAUGGGGAGAAUGGCUGAAAAAUAAUGAUGAAAACACUAGGCAGGGUGGAUUAUUAGUUGCUGAUACAAUUAAAAGUGAAGCCUUUUGA